CAGGCCCAGAUUUCUCUUUGCCAGCAAAACGCGAUGUCUCCUCCUGCGAAGAAAAAACCCCUCCUUUUCUCUCUCGCCUGCGGCUGCCGCGAUUCCAAGAGCGUCUCCGUUACGAUCCCCGACACCCCCCCUAAACCCCGAAACCCCAAACCCGUUACGCACUUCCCCAGCCUCUCAUCGGUCGACACGCCAACAAGCUCUUCCUGGGAAGCCAAAGACGAUGACUGCUCCUUCUCUGGCGAGAGCUCCUCCAGUUUCUCCGGCCUCCUCCGUCAGCUCAACGAGCUCGAGCAGAACGUCCUGGCGUGGGGGUGUCAGAUUCCGGCGGGUCCCCGACACGCGCGGAGCCGGAGCGAGGGCGGUAAGGUGGGAGAGAGCGUGGCCGUAGUGAAAGACUCGGCCGAUCCGUUUGCCGAUUUCAGGCGAUCAAUGCUGCAAAUGAUCGUGCAGAAAGAGAUCGUUGGAGCCGAGGAUUUGAAGGAAUUACUACGGAGGUUCCUUGCGUUGAAUUCGCGGGAGCACCAUGACGUCAUAAUCAGGGCGUUUACGGAGAUCUGGAAUGAUGUGUUCAAAGGUUACCAGAAUACCCCUGACUUUUUGGUGAAUGCACAAGCGUGAAGGAAGGGGGUCUUCGUAUGUGAGAUAGAAAAUACCAAGGAUAUUCGCGCGAGUAGAGGCUGAAGAGACGAUUCGCGCCGGGCUGUGGUACACGUGUGGAGAUUCCUACGAUCCUCAGGUGGGCCCCGCCGGGAACAUGAUCUGGCCCAAAUUCUAGCCGGUUACUCAUCAGGUGCGGCUGGAAUUGUACGUUGAAUGUAUAACAUUGGUCAUCGUUUUUUUUUUUUUUUUAACGGCUAGAUUUUCUUAUACGCGUGUGGCCGACCUGAAUGGAGUGACCAGCGUAGACGUGUUCGUGACGAUCCUACUUUCUGAAUACGCACGUACACCAGUUUACCACGUGUGCUGCAUAAUAUCUUUUCCAACCUCUCCUCGCGCGAAGAAGUUGGCACUUCUAAUAAAUGGGAAUUGAAUUUCCACCUUCCGUGUCGGAGAGGGGUAGUUUGGUCUCUCGAAGGCUGCUAGUAACUUCCUCUGGUAUGACCACAAUACCCUUCUAUUUGUAACUAUUAAUUUCAGGGGUCCAGGUAUCAUUUCGCCUUUGUAAUUUACUUGUGUUGUAUUGCUAUUUUUCUGCUUCUUCUUCUCACUUUUUUUUUUUUGGUUUGGAAUGAUAAUUAAACCCCCAUUUUUUAAUA